AUGUGUCUGCUCAUUAUUAUGGGAAUUUUAGAUGUUGAAAGAAUAGUUGAUGGAUAGGCAAGAACUUAUCAUACUUCUUAAUUCUGGGUUGUCUUUGUCUUAAUAAUAUGGUAAAAAUUCUUGGUGUUAUUUAUAUACGAUUUUAAGGUUAGAUUUGCAGCAUGUUUAUUUUUAUAUACUUAUUUCGCAUUUAGAGUUUCAGGUUAAGAAUUUAGAUGGAUCGAUAAUCUAUUAAAAGCAUCAGUUUAUAUUAUUUUAGAAUUAGUAAUGGUUAUCGAUAAAGAAUUAACGAAUUAUGCUGAUUAUUAAUUGGAAAAUAAUAUCUUUUAUAAAAUUGAAACUUAGAUUCACACUAAAUAAGUGAUUCAAGAAGUAGUUCCUCCUAUGAGAAUGUUUUAAUAAAAAUUCCUUCUUGAAUCCUAUCUGAAGGUAUUCCCAGUUGUUAUAAUUGAUUAAACCAAAGAAAUAUUGAAUAUUUCAUCUGAAACAUUAAAAUUAUUAAGUCAAAAUGAUAUAUUUUAAGCUGAAAAACAAUUAAGAAAAUUGGAAAUCAUAGAGGUCUUUAAUAGAAAGGAAUAAUUAUCAACUAAAGAAUUGAUUGUUAAAUUGACUAGAUAAGCUAAAUUAGGAUCUACAUGUGGAGUAAAUGAAAAAGGAGAUUUAUUACAUUCUUUAAUUAAUGGUCUAGCCUUACAGCAAUUGAGAUAAUAGUAAUAAGUUGAUUAGCCAAAAUUAUAAAUUUAGGGAUAGUUAGAAUAGCUCUUAAAUGAACUCGUAAAAGGGGAUCAAGAAUACUUAAAGGUUAAUUAAUGUUAAAAUUUAGUAAAGAAAAGUAAUACUAUUUCUCAUUUCAUUUAGUUUGUAAUAAUAAGAUUUAUCUAUUUUUGGAUGAUGUUUCUGAAAUAGUUAAAUUAUAAAUGAAAACAAGGAUUAAAAUGAUGAGAUCAAAGAUGUUAAAGAUAUCAAUAUCUUAUUAUAUGAGAUUCGUUGAAUAGUAUAGAAUAAACAAAGGAUGGAUUUUUUGGUAUAACAAUUGAAAAUGAUGCCAGACCAAAUUGCAUUCAAAUAUCUAUACAAGAUACAGGUAAAGGGAUUAAUCUAGAUGAACUUAAGUAUGAAUCAGGUACUAAACUUUCUGGUCUCUUUAUAGCCAAUUAUUUGACUAAAAUAUUGGGAGUUUCAUUUUUUAAUAAAAAGAUUAAUAGACAUAUAGCAAAUAAAGGAUUGAGAAUUAUCACUACAUAAGAAUAUGGCACCAAAAUUUCAUUUACUGUCAGAAAUAUGAUGUAUGAUCAGAAUAAUGUGUAAUUUCUUCUUGAUGAGAAUUUAGAUGAAGAUGAUUAAAAUCAAGAUGAAAUUAUUGAGGGAUACAUAGUUGAAGAUUAAACUCAAUAUUUGAAUAGAUUAAAAAGUAUUAAUAUUAUAUAUACUUAGACCUAUUAAAUAUAUUCUAAUGAAAAAUGAAAAGAAAAAAGUAGUUUAAGUACUAGAAGACAGAAUAAUUAAAAGACCUCAAUUAAAAGGUAUGAUGAAAGAUUGAAAUCUCUAACUACUCAAAUGGAAUAAAUAUAAUUCCCUUAAAAAAAAUGUAUGUGUGAAAAUAAAUUAAUAAUAAAUAGUGAUUAUUAAUUUACAUCCAUUUUGAGAGAUUUAAUUUCUAAAUUGUUAAUGAAUUUUAAGCUUUGA